AUGUCUGAGAGCAUAUCACCGGUAGAGGUGUUAAAGCGGCCCCUUGAAGAAGAGUCUCAGGAUGAAACCGCUUUGAAAAAGAUGAAGAUAGAGGCUGAAAAGCAGGAGAGGCUUGAUAAGAAGCUUCAGCUCGAGAAGGAGAGGCUGGAAAAAAGAGAACUUCUCGAGAAAGAGCGACUAGCCAAAAAAGAGCUUCUAGAACGCGAAAAACAAGAAAGAUUGGAGAAAAAAUUACAGCUGGAUCUGGAAAGACAGCAGAAAAAAGAACAGAUCGAGCGAGAGAAACAACAGAAAAGAGAGCAGCUGGAGCUUGAAAGAUUGCAGAAAAAGGAGCAAUUAGAAUUGGAGAAGACUUUGAAGCGCCAAAAGUUAGAAAAGGAGAAACAGGAACGUGAAGAGAGGAAGCUUGAAGAAAAGAGACUGAAGGACAUCAAGAGAGAAGAAGAGAAAUUGGAACGCGAGAAGAAGAAGGAAGAAGAAAGACUCGCAAAGGAGGCCAAAGAAGCCAAAAAACGUGAAGAAGAGGAGAAAAAGAAGAGAGCACAACUGAGUAUUGGAUCCUUUUUCAAACCAAUAUCUUCAUCUCCAUUAGCCAGUCCCAUCCGAAAGCAAGAGGUGAAGACUCAGGAAGCCUCCUCUAGCGAUUACGAAAAGCACUUCCUCAAGUUCUACGUGAAGGAAAAUUGUCAAUUAUGUGGCCCUGUGAAUCUGGAUGCAGACACUAGACGUGAUCAGUUUUCGCUAUCGGCUGUUUCGGGAGAUUCCAACAUCCCCAGGUUUUUCAAAGGGUGUCAGAGGAGGAAACGGGGAGCUUAUGAACAGUCAUCCCGGUCGAUUAUGCAGCAGCUGAACGUUGACCAGGAAAACGAAUCUCUGUGUGAACAGUUCUUCAAAGACGUGCCGAUCAGAUUCCUACAGUUCUACGAGAAUGCAAGGCCUCCGUACUUCGGAACGUACUCUCCUUCUAAUGCUGAAGGGGUUGAAAAAUUGGCUUUGAAUCCCUUUUUAAAAAUUGAAGGCACAAACUACCAGUUCGAUUCCGAUUUGGAGAGCGAUGACGAAGAUGACGAAGGAGAAGAUGUUGAAGACGAAAACGACGAGGACGAUGAUGAUGAGAGUGCUGCAGAUUCAGACGAGUUAGAUGAGUUUGUUGACGAUGACGAUGAGAAUUCCACAAAGCAGAAACGCAAAUUGCUAGGGCCUCUCAUUCCCGUGGUGAAAUGGCUGGGAGACGCUCAGGACGAUGAAAUCUACAACUCCAAGGAGUGGGAACGAUUGUCGUACGAUAUCGAGUUUCCCAUCGAUCCUUUCAAGGACUAUUGGACCCCGUCUUUGGCUGUUCCCUCUUUGGCUGCCAUAGGUUCGACGACAGCUGCUUCACUCCUAGCAGCAAGCCAGGACAGUCCACCCAAGAAGGCUUUGAAGGUGAUUGAUAAGGCAAAUGACAUCGAGAACUUGUCAAAUUUCAUUCUGGAAAACCCCAGGUUCACUAUUGGCACGCUAACGGAGUUGUGCCAGGUGAAUGUCUUCAAGGACCAGCGUUACUCCAAGACUGUGGUCAGGAACAGUAUCCAGAACAUUGCUUCUUUUGACAGCAAGAAGAAGCUGUGGAUUUUGAAGGAUUCAACUAACACAGCUGUGAACUCUAUAUAG